CUUUCGUGUCAGCUGUUUCCCCAAAGCCCCAUCCAUGCGUUGAUGUAACAGUGGCCGGCUGAAAAAAUUUAGGCAUUUAAUGUUAAAUAAGUAAAAUAAUUCAAUUUAAACGACCGUGCCAUGCAAAUUCGUCGUCCGCGAGGUGUCACAGUUCCGCAGUUGAUGGUGGUAACGGCUCUUGGGGUCCUGGGAGGAGUCUACAUUUGGCAGCCACUGAUACUGAAGUACAAAAACGAUAAGAAAUCGGACGGGGAGCCUACCGGAACAGAAGCUACUACUCCGACAAAAUGAGUUUCAUUAAAGGAUUCAAGAAGUUCGCAACGACGACUGUCGGUCUGAUGGCCAUCGGCCUAGGAUCCACUGCCCUACUAUACACCGUAAAUCGCAUAUUUAUACAGCCCCAUCUGAAUCAGAAACGCCGGCUGCAAGCCGAAGCCUGCGCGGAGUACUUGUUCCAACAGGAGUCGCAACACCCAGUCGCCACAUCAAGCUCCAUUCGAAGCGAAUAAUGAGAUGAGAUGGAAUUAACGUGAUUUUACAAAAAUCUUUUUUAUAUACCUAGAAUAGCCGUAGUGUUUAGCAACCAAAUUUCAAAGCAGUAACCAUGGUGAACAAUGGAAUUUUACUUUCAUAAGUCCGUUUUUGCAUAGGCAGGACACCAAUAUUAAUUUCGAGAACUUGGCAUAUUUUCUUAUUUUCAUCAUACUGUAAAACGCUUAGGUUAAUAUCCAAUGAAAUUUUUAUGAAAGAAAUAUGAAUUGAUUAAAUAAAUUGAAUAGCACAAUUGGUUGAAAUAUAAAAAAAAAACAUA